AUGUACGAGUGGAAAUUCCAGACUGUGGUUUUGCUUGAGUUACAUUUUGGUGUGCUUUUUGUGUGUGUCCAACAGUUUGAGGCAGCCUGGGCACUAACCAACAUUGCCUCAGGUACCUUCCUCCACACCAAGGUGGUGAUUGAAACAGGAGCUGUUCCCAUUUUUAUUGAGCUGCUGAACUCUGAGUAUGAAGAUGUCCAGGAACAGGCGGUGUGGGCGUUGGGGAACAUAGCAGGAGAUAACGCUGAAUGCAGAGACUACGUGCUUAACUGUGGCAUUCUGCCAUCUCUACAACAGCUUCUUGCUAAAUCCAACCGUCUCACAACAACCCGCAAUGCAGUGUGGGCUCUGUCCAACCUGUGCAGAGGGAAGAACCCACCACCGGAUUUUGCCAAGGUGUCUCCUUGUCUCAGUGUGCUGUCCAGGCUUCUAUUCAGCAGUGAUCCAGAUGUGCUGGCUGACGCUUGCUGGGCUCUAUCGUACCUAUCUGACGGCCCUAAUGAAAAGAUCCAGACUGUCAUUGACUCUGGGGUCUGCCGAAGACUGGUGGAGCUGCUCAUGCACAGUGACUAUAAGGUUGUUUCUCCUGCUUUACGUGCAGUGGGCAACAUUGUAACAGGAGAUGACAUCCAGACUCAGGUAAUCUUGAACUGUUCAGCACUACCAUGUUUACUCCACCUCCUCAGCAGUCCCAAGGAGUCCAUCAAGAAGGAGGCGUGCUGGACUGUGUCCAACAUCACAGCAGGAAACAGAGCUCAGAUUCAGAAUGUGAUUGAUGCCAACAUCUUCCCAGUACUGAUUGAGAUCCUUCAGAAGGCAGAGUUCCGCACGAGGAAGGAGGCAGCGUGGGCUAUUACUAACGCCACCUCUGGAGGCACUCCUGCUCAGAUAAGAUAUCUGGUGUCUCUGAAUGCCAUCAAACCCAUGUGUGACCUGCUGACAGUGAUGGACUCAAAGAUCGUGCAGGUGUCUCUGAAUGGUCUGGAGAACAUCCUCAGACUGGGAGAACAGGAGGCCAAACAAAACGGAACAGGCAUCAACCCGUACUGUGCUCUCAUUGAGGAGGCAUACGGCCUGGACAAGAUUGAGUUCCUGCAGAGCCAUGAGAAUCAGGAGAUCUACCAGAAGGCCUUCGACCUGAUCGAACACUACUUCGGUGUGGAGGAGGAAGACGCCAGCCUGGCUCCUCCAGUGGACCAGAGUCAAGGCCAGUUUGUCUUCCAGCAACAAGAAGGACCCAUGGACGGUUUCCAGCUUUAAUGCCACCUGACCUCCACAGCCCCUUCUUCUCCUGUGCCUCUGACGGCAGCCUACUGUCCUUCAAACUUAUCUGGCACACCACCAUGAUCAGUUCGUUUUUGCUGGGUCACCUCCACCAGCCCCCAUACUUGUAUUAUGUGCUCACAACAACACCUGCUCUGGAGAGACAGAUUUAUGAAUAUGGUGAUGAAAUGUAAGAGCAAAUUUGGCUGAUUGGUGCUGUUAGGAGUGCUCCGUCUAUCCCACACAUAAGAUGUCCAUGCCAUGGAAAGCUAACUCAUGUUAAAGAAAGAAUUCUCUAUUUCUCUUUAACGCUACACAGUAUGACGUUCCUUUGACUUGAUAUUGUGAUAUUAUUUUCAUCAUUCUAAAUUAUGUUUAGAACUGCAACUCGUGGCUCCAAAUCAGCAUCCAGAUCCCUUUUUCAAUGUGAAACUACCUCUUUAAUCUUCAGAAAGAAACCAGAAGCAAGGAAAAGCCCUAAAUGAACAGAUGAAGCAUCAGGCAGAUUUUAUUUCUUGAUUUCUUGGCUAAAAUCCGAUCUUAAAAUCCCCUGAUGUUCAGAUGGGUGGUCUAUUGGCUGGCCUGUCAGAAGUCUGAAGGCAGGUAGUGGAUGUAAAUACAGUGCUUCUGUACAUCCUGAUGUUGCCAUACAGUCUGAACAGCUGCACGUGCUGUCUCUUUCUCCUCCCCUGCUGAUUUAAAAAGUGUCUUGGCGAUCACCUGGAGACUCCGGUUCUUUUAUUUAUUUGUCUUCUGAGAGCUGAGGAGCUCUUCUCUCCUCCACCCUCAGCUAUGACUGAAGGUAACUCAUUCCUGGAUUAUGUAACUGAGUUAGUUUGUCUAACAGUGUUGGCUGUUCUUGUGCUGUUCACUUGCUUAUUUUAAAUGUUCUUUAUUUCAGAAAGCAGUAUCAGAACAUGAAGCAGUGUGUGAAAAAACUUAAAUGGGAUUUUUGUUCUGUUUACUAAUUUGUCACUCUGAGCUAGUAAGGUAAUUUAUCUUAAAUUAUUUUUUCUGCCUGCAGUCAUUUCCUUUAUGUGACGGGAUUAGUCGACUGACUGGGAGGGUUUGUAUAUUAUAUAUACAUGUAUGAAAGUGUAAAAGUAUUUAAGCGGCUGUGGGAUGGUGUGAUAUGCAAUUAUAUUUUUCUGGCAUAAAUGCAGUUGUAGUAUUUCCAGUCCAUCACUGCUUUGUGCACCCGUGACAGUUCCUGUUUAUUGUGAGGAGGUUGGUCUCCUGUGAGGUUUUGUCUCCCACCCUUUUUUUUUUUAUUUUUCACCUUCCAAUUUUGUGGUUGAAGUCUAAAGAUGGAAGCACAGUGGGGGAUUUUCCUGCUUUUGGCUCGACCCCUAAAGCGUGAUUUUGACAGUCUUCAAUACGUACACAUUUACUGUACAGUGACAUUAAUUGAUGGAGAACCGAACAUGAAAUCAAUCUAUAUUUACGUGAAAUGGAAAAUAUUUGUAAUGCAGAAACUACAUCAAGCACAUUCAAUCGUGUAUAGUUUUGUAAUAUUUCUGGAUUGUAUAUCAUAUUUUUUAGGUUUUGUUAAUGUUUUUGUUUUCUCCUGUUUGGGAAUAAUUUGCUGUGUACUUGUGGCUCUUAGUAGAAAUUGCGAACUCCAGCAGCCUGUGUACUCCAGUGAAUUACUGUAUGCAGCCACAAUUCCUUACACUGACUAGAUCACAGAGGUCUGACAAUGAGGUGAGUCAGGCUGUCUGCAAUGAUGCUCUUCUGUGUGGGGAUGCACACUCAUAUCGUGUAACAAAAAUUAAUAAAUUGUUCUGUUGGAGACAAACCAUACCCACAUGCA